ACUUGUUCUGCUAGUAGUUUGUGUAAAAUGGCGGUGAAUGUUGAUAGUGGUGGGAAAGAGGAGUUAAAAACUCAGUUUGUUACUAGGGAAGGCAUUUAUAGAUUAAUUACGUUAUCGGAGUAUUCUAGACCUAAUCGUGUAGGCUACACUAAUAUGCAAGGUAGCACAUCUGUUCGAGUGUCAUUUGUUACGUUACCGGAUCCUAGUGGUAAUGGUGAUAGGAUAUGUUUUAACAUUGGGAGAGAACUCUAUGUCUUCAUUUAUAAAGGCGUUAAAAAGGCUGCUGACCUCACCAAGCCUGUGGAUAAGAAGAUGUACAAAGGUACAAGUCCCACCUGUCAUGACUUCAACACUGUCACCAUGACUCCGGACACUGUAUCUCUGUUAGUUGGCUUCUCCACUGGUCAGGUGCAGGUCAUAGAUCCUAUCAAGAAGGAGAUCAACAAGCUAUUCAAUGAAGAUAGGCUAAUAGACAAGACCAAAGUGACUUGUAUCAGGUGGGUGCCUGGAUCUCCAAAUUUGUUCCUGGUAUCUCAUGCGAGUGGCCAGCUCUAUUUGUACAAUGAAGAGAUGUUGUGUGGCACAUCCCAGCCUCACUACCAGACAUUCAAACAGGGUGACGGCUACUCAAUACAUACCUGCAAAACCAAGGUGACACGUAACCCGCUAUAUCGGUGGGUAAUUGGAGCUGAAGGCUGCAGCAUCAAUGAGUUCGCAUUUUCACCCUGUGGACAACAUCUUGCCGUAGUAUCACAAGAUGGAUUUCUGCGGGUCUUCCACUACGACACAAUGGAAUUGGUUGGAGCUGCAAGGAGUUACUUUGGUGGCUUCUUGUGUGUGUGUUGGUCACCAGAUGGCAAGUACGUGGUGGUUGGCGGAGAGGAUGAUUUAGUGACUGUGUGGAGUUUUUAUGAGAAACGUGUUGUUGCGAGAGGACAAGGACAUCAUAGUUGGGUUAGUGUUGUGGCCUUUGACCCCUUCACGACAUCCUUGGGACAUUGUGCCAGUGAUGCUGUGUGUGGUUCUGACGACGAGUACAGUCACGAGUGUAACAAGCGUAUCUCGACGUCCUCAGAGUGCAACAGACUGGAGUCGCCUAUCUGUUAUAGGUUGGGCUCCGUAGGGCAGGACACACAGCUCUGUCUGUGGGACAUCACUGAGGAUGUGUUACGACAACCCAUCUGUCCGAGGACGAGGACAAAUGUUGCAGGCUCAGUCAGUGGUAACGGAUCAGCUGGUGGCAGUAGUUUUCAUACUAAAUGCAAUAAUGUUCAAUCUAACUCAAUUCAUAACAAAGAUAAGGAGAACCUUCAAGAUUGUAAUACUCAUAAUUCACCACCUUCAUUUACGCAAAGACUGGUUGGGGGGCUGGGAGGGUUUGGCGAUCGGAAGGAAAGUAGUAGCAACCAUAAACGCAACCUGUCGAGGAACUCUGGGUCCGCCCCUACACCCCACAAUUCUGCAGAUGAUCCAAUGAGGCUUAUAGGGACCAGCGCAUGCCCCAGAUUCGACGAAUGUCCACUCUUAGAACCUUUAAUUUGUAAAAAGAUUGCACACGAACGUUUGACAGCGUUGGUAUUUAGAGAGGAUUGUUUUGUGGCUGCCUGCCAGGAUGGCUAUGUUUACACGUGGGCACGGCCUAACAAACUAGUGAGCAACAACUUGAUGUCCAACUGCAUUGACAGCAAAGACUUGUGACACUGUUGCAUGUCCAACUAAUACCAGGGUGGGACAUACUUGGAUACAGCUGUCAGUGGGGACACCGUAGUUUAGAACCUUGCUCAAAGCAUUCCAACAACCAGGAUAGUACCGCCAGUUGCCUUCCUGGACUCAUCUUUAGUGGAUCAUGUUGUUUAUUGUUAACAAUUAUUGUUGUACAGAUUUGGUUUAUGUUGCUCUCAGACUUGUGCUGUGUAAUUGUAAGAUAAAAUCAACAACGCCUUUGUUUCCUCAUCCUUGCGUUUCCAAUGCAGAGACUUUAUAUCAAGACUAAUAACUUUUUGUGAAAAUGUUGAACAUAGUGAAGGCAGUGAUAAAAGUAGUAGAGAUGUAUAAAAUAAUAUGAUUUUAUUUAGUAUAUUUUUAUCUUGAACUGUAUGAUUUAUUUUUUAGACACGUGAAAGUAUAGAUUAUUCUUUAAGCAUUACUCGAGUGCUGUGGACUAAGUCAAAUUAAUAUUGUUGGUUAGUUUUGUAUCCGUUAUAUUGACUGUUGUAAAUUAUUAUGUUAUGAUUAUAAAUUAUUUAACAUAUGUUCCUACAGA